AUGCCCGACUUCAAUAAUGCGGGACUCUCGCCCGCAACCAUCGAGUCUAUCGCUGGUCUCAGUGCAGGAACUGUCUCUACUUUGACGGUGCAUCCUCUUGAUGUAGUCAAGACUCGUAUGCAAAUCUACCGCAGUACAGCUCCUGGUGCAGUCCGUCCAACGACAGUAUCUAUUCUUCGUGCCUUGACAUCUACCUCUCAUCCCAUCGCCUCUCUCUACCGCGGUCUAACGCCAAAUCUUGUUGGAAACGCUUCUAGUUGGGCCUCUUUCUUCUUCUUCAAGUCGCGCUUUGAAAGUGCUAUCGCUGCUUGGCAAGGGCGACCUGAUGGACGUCCGUCGCCAGGCGAUUACUUCGUUGCGAGCGCUCUUGCAGGCGCUUCAACUACGACGCUGACGAACCCUAUCUGGGUUCUCAAAGUCCGCAUGGUGUCUUCCGAUCGUGGGUCUCAAGGCGCUUACCCUUCCAUGGUCUCCGGUGCGCGCUCUAUUCUUCAGACUGAAGGCAUCCGGGGGUUCUACCGUGGUCUGGGAAUCUCCUUGGUAGGAGUCUCUCACGGCGCUGUGCAGUUUGCCGUGUACGAUCCCAUGAAACGAUUAUACCAUGCUCGUCGUCGCGAGAAGUAUGGCCUCGAAAGAGAUCACAUGACAACUGAAGCGACGAUCGGACUGUCCAGUUUAGCCAAGUUUGUUGCUGGUGCUGUUACAUACCCCUAUCAGGUGCUUCGAAGCAGACUGCAGAACUAUCAAGCUGAUGAGCGGUUUGGACGGGGUAUCAGAGGAGCUGUGGCUAGAAUAUGGACCGAGGACGGAGUUAGAGGCUUCUAUCGUGGAUUGGUGCCGGGUGUGGUCAGAGUCAUGCCUGCGACGUGGGUGACCUUCUUGGUGUACGAGAACGUCAAGUAUUAUCUUCCUUACUGGGUUUGA